GAGAGGCGGCGGCGGCGGCGGCGCGGGCGGCGCGGGCACCGGCCCCCCAGCGGGAGGAUGAAGCGGCGGAACGCCGACUGCAGUAAGCUCCGCCGCCCCCUAAAGCGGAACCGGAUCACCGAGGGCAUCUACGGCAGUACAUUUUUAUACCUGAAAUUCCUGGUAGUGUGGGCACUUGUCCUCCUGGCAGAUUUUGUCCUGGAGUUCAGAUUUGAAUACCUGUGGCCAUUCUGGCUUUUCAUCAGAAGCGUCUAUGACUCCUUCAGAUACCAGGGACUGGCCUUCUCAGUAUUUUUUGUUUGUGUAGCAUUCACGUCAAAUAUAAUAUGUCUGCUGUUCAUCCCCAUACAGUGGCUUUUUUUUGCUGCUAGCACAUACGUGUGGGUUCAGUAUGUGUGGCAUACAGAAAGGGGAGUGUGUUUGCCUACAGUGUCCCUCUGGAUUCUCUUUGUUUAUAUUGAAGCAGCAAUUAGAUUUAAAGAUCUCAAAAAUUUUCACGUAGACCUUUGUCGUCCAUUUGCUGCUCACUGUAUCGGGUACCCCGUGGUGACUUUGGGUUUUGGCUUCAAAAGUUAUGUGAGCUACAAGAUGCGGUUAAGGAAGCAAAAGGAAGUACAAAAAGAGAACGAAUUCUACAUGCAGCUUCUCCAGCAAGCCCUGCCCCCAGAGCAACAGAUGCUGCAGAAGCAGGAGAAGGAGGCGGAGGAAGCAGCCAAAGGGCUACCUGAUAUGGAUUCCUCGAUCGUCAUACACCACAACGGAGGCAUUCCAGCCAACAAAAAACUCUCCACAACUUUGCCGGAGAUAGAAUACCGGGACAAAGGGAAAGAAAAGGACAAGGAUGCCAAAAAACACAACCUUGGGAUAAAUAACAACAAUAUUCUACAGCCUGUAGACUCUAAAAUACAAGAAAUUGAGUAUAUGGAAAACCACAUCAAUAGUAAAAGAUUGAACAACGAUCUUGUGGGAAGUACAGAAAACCUCUUGAAAGAGGACUCAUGCACUGCUUCCUCAAAAAAUUACAAAAAUGCCAGUGGGGCUGUGAACUCCUCACCUCGAAGUCACAGCGCCGCAAACGGCAGCAUUCCUUCCUCGUCGAGCAAAAACGAGAAGAAGCAGAAAUGCACUGGCAAGAGCCCCAGUACACACAAGGACUUAAUGGAGAACUGUAUUCCUAAUAACCAGCUGAGCAAACCAGAUGCCCUGGUCAGGCUGGAACAAGACAUUAAAAAGUUAAAGGCUGACCUGCAAGCCAGUCGGCAAGUGGAACAGGAGCUGCGCAGUCAGAUCAGCUCCCUCUCGAGCACAGAGCGAGGGAUCCGCUCAGAAAUGGGCCAGCUCCGGCAGGAGAACGAGCUGCUGCAGAACAAGUUACACAAUGCUGUGCAAAUGAAGCAGAAAGACAAGCAGAACAUCAGCCAGUUGGAGAAGAAGCUGAAAGCUGAGCAGGAAGCCCGAAGUUUUGUGGAAAAGCAAUUACUGGAGGAGAAAAAGCGGAAGAAGUUAGAAGAAGCCACUGCUGCCCGGGCUGUUGCAUUUGCUGCUGCAUCUAGGGGAGAGUGCACCGAAACCUUACGGAAUCGGAUCCGAGAACUCGAAGCAGAGGGCAAGAAGCUCACGAUGGACAUGAAGGUGAAGGAAGACCAGAUCCGAGAACUGGAGCUGAAAGUCCAGGAGCUGCGGAAGUACAAGGAGAACGAGAAGGACACCGAGGUGCUCAUGUCCGCCCUGUCCGCCAUGCAGGACAAGACCCAGCACCUGGAGAACAGCCUCAGCGCGGAGACGCGCAUCAAGCUGGACCUCUUCUCGGCGCUGGGGGACGCCAAGCGGCAGCUCGAGAUUGCGCAGGGACAAAUCCUUCAGAAAGACCAGGAGAUCAAGGACCUGAAGCAGAAGAUAGCAGAGGUCAUGGCUGUCAUGCCCAGCAUCACGUACAGCGCCGCCACCAGCCCCCUGAGCCCCGUGUCCCCCCACUACUCUUCCAAAUUUGUGGAGACCAGCCCCUCUGGACUUGACCCCAACGCCUCUGUUUACCAGCCCCUGAAGAAAUGAAGACCAGCCGUGUGUUUUGCCCCAUUUGGUUACCAGAAGGCGUCACAAGGGAGUGUAUGGCAGUCAAGAUAAAAAGUUUCUGUUGUAUGUUGUGGGACUCUAGAUGUUGUCAUUUUUCAAACCGGCGGGAGUUAACCCCAGGUCCGAUCAGAGCUGCCCAUCAGUUUUUCUUGUGAAUUUUUAGAAGACCUCACAGAACUUUGCAGUUUAUUUUUUUCGGCCAACACAUUAAAACCAUUCUUGGAUUUCAA